AUGAGUGAAAGCGACGAAGAAGAGAUAGAAUUAUCGGAUGUGGAAUUUGAAGAUGAGGAUGAGGAAUUGGAAUGUGAACUUGUUUGUGAACCUGAAAAGAAGUUGAAACCACAACUUCCAGAUAUUAAACCUACUGAUAAAUCUCCUGAUACUUCUUCUUCCAAUCAUCCAGAGAGAAAUCGAUCGACUUCGAAUAAUGCUCCCAAUGAUAACGAUGCCAAAACGUCUGAUGCUGAGGAAGAGGUACCGGAUAUUGAUUUUGAAGAUGAAUUAGAGCCCGAAGAAGUUUUGGCACCUGAGAAGUCUCCGAAACCAAAACACGAUAUUAGAUUAAAGGAGCCAGAAAAUUCAAAAAACAAACGCCCGGGAGAACUUGAGGAACCGCAAAAGAUUUCAGCACCAGUUACUAAAAAACCAAAAUCAGAAAGGUCACCUGAAAUUAAUCCAAAAACUCCCAGUGAUAAAAAACCAAUUAAGCCAGGAACUCAAGAACCGAAAAAAUCUGAUGGGAAGGUGGAACCAAAACAGGUUUCAGCUCCAACAUCAAAAAAACCUAACCUCAAGUCGAAAGAUUCAGAAGAUGCAAAACCGAAGAAACCCUUGAAAGUGAAGCCUACAGAUGGUAGCUCAGAACCCGACGUGGAUGUAACUCUUCCAAUAUCAAAACCGAAAAACAAACCGAAGGCAGAGGCCAAGAAACCAGAUGAUAAACCUGAUGAUGAGGAGCUUGAACCAGAAUUGGUUUCAGCUCCUACAUCAAAGAAACCCAAACUCAAAUUAAAGGAUCCAGAAGAUGUGAAACCAAAGAAACCCUUGAAAGUGAAACCUACAGAGGGUAGUCCAGAACCUGAAGUAAAUGUAACGCUCCCGACAUCAAAACCGAAAAACAAACCGAAGGCAGAGGCCAAGAAACCAGAUGAUAAACCUGAUGAUGAGGAGCUUGAACCAGAAUUGGUUUCAGCUCCUACAUCAAAGAAACCCAAACUCAAAUUAAAGGAUCCAGAAGAUGUGAAACCAAAGAAACCCUUGAAAGUGAAACCUACAGAGGGUAGUCCAGAACCUGAAGUAAAUGUAACGCUCCCGACAUCAAAACCGAAAAACAAACCGAAGGCAGAGGCCAAGAAACCAGAUGAUAAACCUGAUGAUGAGGAGCUUGAACCAGAAUUGGUUUCAGCUCCUACAUCAAAGAAACCCAAACUCAAAUUAAAGGAUCCAGAAGAUGUGAAACCAAAGAAACCCCUGAAAGUGAAACCUACAGAGGAUAGUCCAGAACCUGAAGUAAAUGUAACGCUUCCAACAUCAAAACCGAAAAGCAAACCAAAGGCAGAGCCCAAGAAACCAGAUAAUAAACCUGAUGAUGAGGAACUUGAACCAGAAUUGAUUUCAGCUCCUACACCAAAAAAACCUAACCUCAAGUUGAAAGAUCCAGAAGGUGCGAAACCAAAGAAACCCCUGAAAGUGAAACCUACAGAGGAUAGUCCAGAACCUGAAGUAAAUGUAACGCUUCCAACAUCAAAACCGAAAAGCAAACCAAAGGCAGAGCCCAAGAAACCAGAUAACAAACCUGAUGAUGAGGAACUUGAACCAGAAUUGAUUUCAGCUCCUACACCAAAAAAACCUAACCUCAAGUUGAAAGAUCCAGAAGGUGUGAAACCAAAGAAACCCCUGAAAGUGAAACCUACAGAGGUUAGUCCAAAACCUGAAGUAAAUGUAACGCUUCCAACAUCAAAACCGAAAAGCAAACCAAAGGCAGAGCCCAAGAAACCAGAUAACAAACCUGAUGAUGAGGAGCUUGAACCUGAAUUGGUUUCAGCUCCUACAUCAAAAAAGCCCAAACCCAAAUUAAAGGAACCAGAAGAUGUAAAACCGAAGAAACCCUUGAAAGUGAAACCUAUGGAGAGUAGUCCAGAACCUGAAGUAAAUGUAACGCUUCCAACAUCAAAACCGAAAAGCAAACCAAAGGCAGAGCCCAAGAAACCAGAUAACAAACCUGAUGAUGAGGAACUUGAACCAGAAUUGAUUUCAGCUCCUACACCAAAAAAACCUAACCUCAAGUUGAAAGACCCAGAGGGCGCAAAACCGAAGAAACCCUUAAAAGUGAAACCUACGGAGGGUAGCCCAGAACCUGAAGUAAAUGUGACGCUUCCGACAUCAAAACCGAAAAAGAAACCGAAGGCAGAGUCAAAGAAACCAGAUGACAAACCUGAUGAUGAGGAGCUUGAGCCCGAAUCAGACUCUGUUCCCAAACCUAAAAAACCUAAUGUUAGGUCUGGAAAACCGAAAGUGCCAAUGAUUAAAUCUAAAGAUCCUCUCAAAGUCAAGUUAGACAGUCCUGAACCAGAAACUGAUGCUACAUUACCUUUACCGAAGAAAGAACAGCAAGAUGAAGAAGAGGAUGAACCAGAGGUACCGGAUGAAGACUCCAAAGCGAGUUUAGCUGCUCCAGAAAUACCUGCAGAAGACCAGCUUGAAGAUAAUGAAAAUGUACCGCCGAAGAAGAGGAAGCCGAAGCCGAAACCGAAACAGAAAAAGAAGAAACCGAAGGCAAAAUGGAUUCCACCGAUUAGACCACCACCGGAACCAUAUGAAAUGCCACCGCAAGAGAAAAAAUUGGCCGAAAUACUAAAGGAAGAAAAAAUUCCACCAACGAAACGAUAUGCUAGAAAGCCACGACAUUUGGAAGUUUUUAUUCCAUUCGAAAUACCUUGGGAAAAUUUACCUGCAUUGCAAACACAAGAAGGUAUGGGUGCAUUUGGACAUACACGAGAUGCGAACAUCAAAGUUGACGAAGGUUCUAAGCACAUGGUACAGGGUGAUCUUCAUUCCGAAACUGUUAUUCCUCUCUUUUCGCAAUCGGUUGGUGAUAAUCGAUCCGGCAUGCUACCAUUUGGAUCCUACCGAAGGAAUAUAUCGGAUGUUAUUGACAAUCAUAAAUUUGAUGAUUCUAAGCUCAAAGAAUGUGAUCGUUUUAUUCCAAAAUUGAUGCAAGGUGCAAUACAGCCGCAGAAUGCAGAAACUUUGUUUGGUCAAAUUCGCAAUCAGACAACAAAUGUGAAAUAUAUGGAACAUAUGACGCCAAAAUGUGAUCCAGGAUCCCAUGGUUUCAUUAGUCGACAAUUUGCGCCAUCAUCUGAAAAAGCUGGUAGUACUAUUAUGGAUAGACGACGAAAUGUUAUUGCAAAUGCACAGGGUUCCGGAAAUGAUAUUGGAGUAUUUGAUCGUGCUUCUGAAUCAAUCAUGCCACUUCUUUUCAAUGUUCAAGAUAUCUACCUCAAAAGUGGUGCUGAUUUUGGUGCUUUUCGACCAUUGGUCAGCGAAUCAGAAGGUGGCUAUCGGAUGACUCUUGCUGAUGAGAUUAAAUGCAAAUUAACUGUUCCAUAUCAGACGUCACCAUCACUUACAACAUAA